AUGCUUCCACCACAAACCGUUAUUGGCUGUACGGUAGCGGUGAUUUCUUCCGCUGUUCAGUCAUUUGGAAUUACGUUGCAACGCAAAUCUCAUCUUAUAUCAAAUCAACAUGCUCAUAGCCAUCAGAGAAAGCGAAAUAUGUGGCUUCUAGGUUUCUUCCUAUUCAUUGUCACCAACGUUUUGGGCUCGUUGAUCCAAAUAACCACCCUUCCUUUGAUUAUACUAUCACCGCUCCAGAGCAUUGGACUUAUCUUCAACUCAGUUUUUGGCUGUAUGUUUUUGGGUGAACGAUUUACUUACAAGUUGGUGACGGGAACGGUGGUCAUAGCAUUGGGAGCAUUUUUGAUCGCUUACCAUGGAAAUGUUCCUCCGUUACCACCCCAGGACCUGCUGCCGGCCCAUAGGUUUAAGGAGGUGGUUCAAAAGUUGACGGCGCUGUCGUUUGGCUCUUGGUUUAUAACUACUUUUGUGGUAAUGGGUCUUCUAUUGAUGAUCAAUUCUAUAUUGACAACCCGGCAAAAAAUAUUGAGUUCCCGCAAAAAACGAACAAAGUCAACUUUCCCGCUCAUAUGCCGCUACCUGUUCAUCAAGGGCAUUAAUUAUGGACUCAUCUCCGGCUCAUUGACGGCACAUACAUUUCUUUUUGCCAAAUCAAUUCUCGAUGUGGUGGUGGCUUCCUUGUGGAAUCACCCUCUGGGCGCUGGCCGCUCCUUGUUUGCUGGUGGUGCCACGCCCUACCUACUUCUUGUGUUCAUGCUAGCGAUCAUUGGUUGUCAACUCGCCGCGUUCAAUCUUGGCCUUGCCCAGAUCCUGACCACUAUCCUUUACCCGCUCUGUUUUUUGGUUUACAACCUCAUAAAUUUGAUCAACGACUUGCUUUUCAAUCAGCUUCUUCACGAUAGAAUGACCGUGAGUCAGCUUCUUUGGGUAUUAGUGGGCUUGAGUGGUGUUCUUGUUGGAGUUGUUCUCAUUAGUUGCAACGGCGAUCUGAAAGAUGAUUUUACCGAUCGGUCCAUGGAUGAACUCCUUUAUCAUCUGAAAUUUCCCUACACCAACGUGAUAGCUGGAGAAGUAGCAAACUCCCAGAGUCUACAAUUGCGAAAACUAGAACCAAAUAUUACUUUCGAAGCACAACAACUUUGGUCGGCUGUCGAACUAUACACCUAA